UACUAGAUGAUAUAGCGUGGGUGUGGCAUGGCGUUGAACGCCAGCACAAAGAAGAUUCUUCGAGGUCUGCUGAGCCAAAAAAGCUCAAAUCCAGCUUCUUGCUCUUCAUUGAUCUCCCUUAUGCACAGCCAGAAGUGGUCGGGGCCUAGAUCGCAGGUGGGCGCAGCAGUUGGUGACAAUUCACGAGCAGGUCGCAGCCUGCGAGAACACCACCAGUGCCGCACUCCACAUUCCUUCCCUCAGGCUUUCCCAAAGGCACCUAUCCGCCCGAUCCAGACACCCUGCUGGCCAGAAUUGCCAAGCCUUUUAGCUCGCAGGUUUUGUGUGGCUGCAAAAGCACAUACCAUGGCAAGCGGGGCAGGCGAAGGCACAGUCCCACUGGUAGAAACUAGGGAACAGACAGCCAUGAGUUCUCUGCCACCAGCAGAGUCUCUGGUUGCAGAGAAGAAAGCUUCGAGAAACGUGGUCAAAAAGGAGCUGCGCCAAUUGAGCAAAGAGCAGAGGCAGGCGGAAGAUGAGGCCAUUCAGCGGCACGUCCUUGACAUGGAUUUUUUCCAAAAGGCACGUCGCGUGUGCGCCUACCUGGCGUGCGAGCCGCUGCGAGAGGUGGACACCAAGCGCAUUGUUCCUGCUGCACUGAGCCAGGGAAAGGUCUUGUAUGUGCCGCGGGUAGAGGAUAGGGCAGCGCAUAUGCGGAUGUUGCGCAUUGAAGAUCCAGACAAUGAUACAGAGCGCAACAGCAUGGGGAUAGCAGAGCCGACGCCUUUGCUUCGUGACGGCCAGCCGCACAACAUCGCUUUAUUGGUGCCGCAGGCUGGAAGGCUGCUGGAAAGAUGA